AUGCAUCCUCAUCUGCAUACCAAACAUAACGGGGCGUGUGAAGAGGUUAUGAACUUAUUAGAUGAAUGCCAUGCACGAGGCUUUCUAUGGAAGGCAGUAGGAAUGUGUAACGAUGCUAAAACUGCCGUUAACAAAUGCCUUCGAGAGCAAAGACUUGAGCGCACUAAGGCAAAUAGAGAAGCUUCCAAAGCGAAGAAUAAAGAAAUCAGGGAACUUUGGGCCGAGAUAGACGCCAAUUCAUGA